CCUCCGCCCGCUCGCUCCGAGACUUCGCCCGCGGCCGCUCGGCGGGUGAGGGAGGCCGAGAUGGCGAGCGAGAUCGCCAAGGCUCAGGUCGCCCAGCCUGGAGGCGACACGAUCUUCGGGAAGAUCAUCCGCAAGGAAAUCCCGGCCAAGAUCAUCUUCGAGGACGACCGGUGUCUUGCCUUCCACGACAUUUCCCCUCAAGCACCAACACAUUUUCUGGUGGUGCCCAAGAAACCAAUAGCCCAGAUUUCUGUAGCAGAAGACGAUGAUGAAAGUCUUCUUGGACACUUAAUGAUUGUUGGCAAGAAAUGUGCUGCUGAUCUCGGCCUGAAGAGGGGUUAUCGAAUGGUGGUGAAUGAAGGCGCUGAUGGGGGACAGUCUGUCUAUCACAUCCAUCUCCAUGUCCUCGGAGGUCGGCAGAUGAAUUGGCCUCCUGGUUAAGAUUGCUUGGAAUAAUUUUCCCUUCUCUAGGUAAUAAAUAAGUUUGCAGGUUCCAGUAUGGCAAAUGGCACCCUUACUUCUGCCUGUAUUUGGAGAGAGAUGGAUUAAAAAGCCCUGUGCCUAAUAAAAGAUAUUGUUGCAUGGUU